ACCUGGAGGCAUCGCGAGGGAAGCCGCCUCCUCCCUGCCACCCCCCUUCUUCCGCUGGAAUGCACAACGUGGGAUGCCCCUGCACUUCGUCGCCAUCGGCUCCAAGAUCUUGGCCAUGCCUCCCAUGGAAGAAAAAAGGGAUACUGAUCACCUCGACGUUGGCGGCGCCUGCUUCGACGUCCGCACCGGGUGCGUCGUCUUCGUCCCUCGGCACGGCGGCGAUCAGCACGGCGACCCAGUAUACUUCCAGAUCGGCAGUAGGCUCUUCACGCUAGGGUGCUCCCGCUUCCAGCUCCUUGACCUACUGCCGCUGGCGCUGGAUGGCGACCCUAGAAGUACAAGGCGGCAGCAAUGGUCAUGGCGCGAUCUCCCGAUGCCGCCCUUCCUCCACUCCAUGCGUGCUCUCUCUCACGUGCUUCUCCCUCAAGAAGACCAGACCAUCCUCGUCGGCGUUGGGUUCCUCUCCCCAAGUUCUUCCUCCACCUACAGCUUUCGCAUUGCGGAGGACGGGAGCUCAGCCUGGAAAUGCCUUGGUAACUGGGGGCUGCCUUUCCAUGGCCGCGGUUACUUUGACCCUAAGCUGAAUGCCAUGAUCGGGCUCUCGAUGGAUGGACGCAUCUGCUCCGGCCAAUUGGUGUCUGAUCACUGCCCGGACGUGAAGUAUUGCAGGGAGAAUCUGUUCAGCCGAGACGCGCGUAGGCGCCACCCUCGUCUACAUGGGACAGAGAAGCAGAUUUUGCCUGGUUGAGUCUGUUGCUGUCAACUACUUAUGUCAGGAGGGGGUUUUCAGCUUCAAGCUUGAGGGUCCGUUUUUUCGCUACAUGUUUCGGCUGACGACUUUUCGUCUGAAGUUUGAUGAUGAUGAUGGACACCUAACCACUGGUCGCAGCCGACGGGUGCGAUACUAUUAUGCCCCUGCAAAUGAUGUUAGUUAUUUUGCCUGUCGGUUUCCCGUAGCUUUCUACAUAUGAACGUUUUGUGGUCGGUGUAAACCCGAGAUUGAUUAAAAUCGGGCGAUCGGGGGAGGUGGGAAAAAUCGGUCGCUCCCUCUUCCCGCAUGCGCGCGCUCCCCUCUCCUCAUCUGGACCCACCCACUUAUCCCUCCCCUUGUUCCACAAAAAUGUUUCACCAAGUGUACUUAUAAUGGAAUUUGGUUUAUUUUUUGUU